AUCCAGCAGGCCCUGCACAGGCAGCCCAGCACGGCAGCCCAGUACCUGCAGCAGAUGUACGCGGCACAGCAGCAGCACCUCAUGCUGCAGACGGCGGCACUUCAGCAGCAGCACCUCGGCAGCGCCCAGCUCCAGAGCCUGGCGGCUGUGCAGCAGGCAAGCCUGGUGGCCAACAGACAAGGAGGCACUUCAAGCAGCAGUGUGUCCGCACAGGCCCCAGCCCAGUCAUCCUCGAUAAAUCUGGCAGCCUCCCCAGCAGCAGCCCAGCUCAUCAACCGGGCUCAGAGUGUCAACUCAGCAACAGCCUCGGGCAUCGCCCAGCAGGCUGUGCUCCUAGGCAACACAUCUUCUCCAGCCCUGACUGCAAGCCAAGCACAGAUGUAUCUGAGGGCACAGAUGGCCCAGCCAGGUAACCUGGUGCAGGUAGCUAGGAGCCUAGGCGGCACUGUUCCUUUGUCCCCUCAGCUCAUCUUCACGCCCACGGCCACCGUCGCUACUGUGCAGCCUGAGCUCGGCACUGGCUCCCCCGCCCGGCCCCCCACCCCUGCCCAGGUACAGAACUUGACCCUCCGAACACAGCAGACACCAGCUGCAGCAGCCUCGGGCCCUACCCCCACUCAGCCUGUCCUGCCCAGCUUGGCCCUGAAAACCACACCAGGUGGUAGCCAGCCUCUGCCUACCCCAUCACAAGGCAGAAACACUGCUCAGGGUUCCCCUGCAGGUGCCAAGCCUGGCAUAACUGACAGUGUGAUGGAGCCUCUCAAGAAAGGAGAUGGCAACAGCAGUGUGCCAGGGAGCUUGGAGGGCCGGGCUGGGCUCAACCGGAUGGUGCCCGCUGUGGCUACCCACCCCCUCAUUGCACCAGCCUAUGCUCAGCUACAGCCACAACAGCUGCUCUCACAGCCAUCGUCAAAGCACCUGCAGCCCCAGUUUGUGAUCCAACAGCAGCAACAGCAACCCCCGCAGCAGCAGCAGCCCCAGCAAUCACGGCCCACACUCCAGGCCCAGCCCCACCCCCAGCUCACUUCGGUCCCUCCGAGCUUGGCCCUACAGCCCAGCCCUGAAGCCCAUGCCAUGCCGCUUGGACCAGUCACAUCCACACUGCCUCUCCAAUGUUCCACUGCCAACAACCUGCACAAGCCUGGAAGCACUCAGCACUGUCAUCCUCCCACGCCCAAUGCUGGGCCUCACAAUGGAUACCCCGAGGGCCUGUCCCACGCCCCACCACGCAGGUUCCAGCACACCUCGGCCGUCAUCUUACAACUACAGCCUGCUUCACCAGUGCCCCAGCAGUGCACCCCAGAUGACUGGAAGGAAGUAGUAUCUGGGGAGAAGAGUGUGCCUGAGACUCGAUCUUGCCCAUCACCACAUCAGCAAGCCAUCAUCACUGCCAUGCCUGGUGGCCUGAUUGUACCCAAGAGCCCUAACAGCCAGCAGUCCCCAGCUCACGAGACAGGGCAGGGCAUUGUUCAUGCACUGACCGACCUCAGCAGCCCCGGCAUGACCUCAGGGAACGGAAAUUCUGCCUCCAGCAUCACCGGCACUGCCCCCCAGAAUGGUGAGAAUAAACCACCACAGGCCAUUGUGAAACCCCAAAUCCUGACGCAUGUUAUCGAAGGGUUUGUGAUCCAGGAGGGGGCGGAGCCUUUCCCGGUGGGACGUUCGUCCCUGCUGGUAGGAAAUCUCAAGAAGAAGUAUGCACAGGGGUUUUUGCCUGAGAAACUUCCACAGCAGGAUCAUACCACCACCACUGACUCCGAGAUGGAGGAGCCCUAUCUGCAAGAAUCCAAAGAGGAGGGUACCCCUCUCAAACUCAAGUGUGAGCUCUGUGGCCGGGUGGACUUUGCCUACAAGUUCAAGCGUUCCAAGCGCUUCUGUUCCAUGGCUUGUGCAAAAAGGUACAAUGUGGGUUGCACAAAACGUGUGGGGCUUUUCCACUCGGACCGGAGCAAGCUGCAGAAGGCCGGAGCCACAACCCACAACCGCCGCCGGGCCAGCAAAACCAGUCUGCCGCCACUUACCAAGGAUACCAAGAAGCAGCCAACAGGCACUGUACCCCUUUCAGUUACUGCCGCAUUGCAGUUAACACACAGCCAGGAAGACUCCAGCCGUUGCUCAGAUAACUCAAGCUAUGAAGAACCCCUGUCACCCAUAUCAGCUAGCUCAUCUACCUCCCGCCGGCGACAAGGCCAGCGGGACCUGGAGCUCCCUGACAUGCACAUGCGGGACCUGGUGGGCAUGGGACACCACUUCCUGCCAAGUGAGCCCACCAAAUGGAACGUAGAAGAUGUCUAUGAAUUUAUCCGCUCUCUGCCAGGCUGCCAGGAGAUAGCAGAGGAAUUCCGUGCCCAGGAAAUCGACGGGCAAGCUCUGCUGCUGCUCAAGGAGGACCAUCUGAUGAGUGCUAUGAACAUCAAGCUGGGGCCCGCCCUGAAGAUCUAUGCCCGCAUCAGCAUGCUCAAAGACUCCUAGGGCUGGCCAGGGCAGCCAGGAUUCUGGCCCAGGACACCUCCUCCCAGCUGAGCAGAGCCAGACAGACAUUCCUAAGGGGCCCAGACAUGGGGCCAGGUGGAGGGCAGGGGCUCUCCCCAUGGGGCGUGGCUGGUGAUGAGGUCUUGGCACCUCCCCAUGGCUCUCAGGGGCCUUUCUUUCUGUGGGAGGGGCAGAGAGGUAGGUGGCACAGAAGAUGGGGCUUUAUGCUUGUAAAUAUUGAUAGCACUGGCUUCCUCCAAAGUCCCAAUACUCUAGCCCCUCUCUCUUCCCCUCUCUCUGUCCCCCAUUUUCCAGGGGGUAUAUGGUCAGGGCUCCCCAACAUGAGUUGGGUUACUCCUAAGGGCAGCCGUCAGGCCCGAACUGAGGCCUUGAAAGCCCUUGCCUGCCUUCCUCCCACUUCCCUCUCCAGGCCUGGCUAACUCUCCUGCUGCCAGCUUCUCCCCCUUCAGCUUGUUUCUGAAGCAGCCAGGUUUCCCCCCGUUAACCCUCCGCAGGUGGAGAGAGAGAAGCUGGGCCCAGUUUGGCCAUGCCUGCUGGCACAGACGCCUUAACGCUGUGUGUGUGACUGUAUGACUGUGUGGGAGCCUGGACUGGCAGAUAGGCCAAGAGCCACCCUCUGACAUUUCCAGGUGUUUUGUAGCAGCCACUUAGUGCUUUGUCCUGGACUCCACUCAGCCUCAGGAUGGGGAAUAGAAAAAAAGGGCCGCCCCAGUGCAGAGGGGCAAGAUCAGAAAGCGACGAAGAUUAGGAGAUGUUCCUCUCCAGACUUGUCACAAUGUCUCUGAAGCCCCUUCCCCACACUGUGAAGUCCCCCUGACUGCCCUGCUGUGUCACGAACAGCAUUAAGGAAGCUGCCGGUGGGCCGGGCCAUGUAACCCAGUGGGUGCGCUGGGCCCGGCUGAGCUUCCUGUCCUGCCCACCCACCCUGGGGGCCCCAGUGCUGGGGGCUCGGAGAACGUCUGAGGGAAGAGAAGAGCUGAGUGACCAUGAUGCGAAGAAGGCAGCCUUUGGCCUCCCACUCCCACACUUUGCAUCUCGAACUUGCUAGCAGCAACUUGAGCUACUGCAUAGGAGGCAGGGCAGGAAGGGCGAGGGCCUGCCUCUGACUUGCCCUGUCCUUUGCAGGCUCCCAGGGGAAGAGUGGGCCUCUCCCCGGGAAGAAGGUAGGCACCUUUCUCAGCUUGUUCUAUUCCCCACCCACACCCCCAGGCAGGGUUGGAAAUGAAGGACUUUUUUAACCUUUUUGUUUUUUAAAAAUAAAUCUGUAAAAUCUG